GGCUCACUCGGUGGAGCGCGUUCCUCUCAGCUGUACAACCGAGAGACUCGACAGCCUUGGCUUUGAGAGAGUCGCGGCGCAGCGAACUCGCCGUCACCGAAGGGCUGCCAGUCCCAGUUCGUUGUGGGGUGUCUCCUGACGUUAAGCACUUGUUGCUCUCUCUAUGUCAGAGCUGUUCAAACAAAGAAACCUUUCCGUCGGUCUAGUUUUUACACCCGGCGAGGUUUGCUUUGCUAGUUUCUAUUGCCGUGUGGUCGCGUCUGAUGUGUUUUUGUGGUGAAUCAGUGCUGCAGGAAAUGUGAAAUAUAAAUUAGACGUUACGUAAUCUGACUAUGAUUGAAGAGAACGAACUGAAAAAAGGAGAUAAAAAUGAAAACUAUAAUUUUUUUACAAUAAUAUCGAAUACUUGCCCCAAUUUUGAACAACAAGCUACGAAGGCGAGAUCAUGACAAAAACUUUACGUUACUGGAAGUGAAGAUCAUACUAGGAUAACUUUGUAGCCCCGUCAUUUAGCCUUAUAAUAUAUAAGCGUCCCACGUCCAAUGACAAGAUGCAUGCUAAGGAUAAUAACGUCACUAUGGAAACUACGGAAGGGGCUGAAGAUAUCCUGCUGAAGCCCACAGGAGAGGCCAUCCCUGUCGCGGCUACAAAUGGGGACGGAGCGGCGGUUCCUAUGCUGGAGGAGAAUGGAACUCUAACAUUGUUGGAGACGUUGGAGGAGAAGAGAGCGAGGCGUCGGUCGCACUACGUCGUCUACUUCACCACCUUCAUCGGUUCUGUGGGUUUCUCCAUCGUCCUGACAGGUGUCUGGCCUUACCUGCAACAGCUGGAUUCAGGAGUGUCAAAGGAGUUUUUGGGAUGGGUGAUUGCAGCCAAUCCGCUGGGACAAAUGCUAGCGUCGCCAGUCUUAGGUCUCUGGGCAAAUAAGGCCAAGUCAAGCAGAGGCCCAUUGCUGUUCGCCAUUGCGAUCUUCAUUUUGGGCAAUGCUUUGUACGCCAUCCUCAGCAUCUUCGGCGUGUCUGCGAGAGCGCUCAUGGUAUUCGCUCGCUUCCUCGUCGGCGUCAGUUUUGCAAACAUGGCUGUCAUCAGGAGCUACGUGGCGGCUUCGACCACCACCCAGGAGAGGACGACGGCCGUGGCCCUCACCUCAGCUGCCCAGGGCGGUGGAUUCAUCAUAGGACCUGCGCUCCAGGCAGCAAUAGCAGUUGCUUUCAGCCAGGAAAUAAUACCGUCUUCCAAUUCUACGACGAAUCAUAAUACAACCGAUUACCUGGAGGAUGAUGUCGAGGAAGCAGGACACCUCGAAUGGAACAUGUACACAGCAGCUGGAUGGGCGGCCGCUGUCUUGGGGAUUAUCAAUUUCUUCAUCUUCUUGCCUUGCAUUUUUCAGGAGUACCCGGUCGCAGCGAAGGAAGCUCAGAUGCAGAGGGACGCCGCUAAUUUAAGCGAAACCAAGAUGCCUAACCCCGACUACAAGACGGUGGUUGCUGUUUUGGUGUCGUUUUUCAUCACGCAGUUUGUGUUCGUGCUGAUAGAAGUGGUGUUGGUGCCGAUGUGCAUGGACAUGUACGCGUGGUCGGACGAAACGGCCCUCACCAUCAUUGGCGUCGGACUGUGUGUGGCUGGAAUUGUGGCCACUAUCAUGUUCGCUAGUGUGGGCGCGUUAGUGAGGAGGUUCGACGAACGGAAAGUGUAUAUUCUCCUGGGUCUAGUGCCUCUUCUCAUAUCAAUGGUCAGCUUCAUUCCUAUGGGGAACACGUACCCCAAGAUACAAAACUGCACGACAGAAACGAGCGAACCGCACCACAGAGAGGCCCGUAGCAUUUCCCCAAUGCUGCCAUAUCAUCUAGAAGUGGUCAGAAGUCAGCUCCAUCCAAUGAUUUCUGUCAAGACCUAUCCAAACUCCUCGUAUGAAGAAGAGUAUUCUUUUGAGCCACUCGAGGAAGACCUGAGUGCCGAUCUUGCAGACGUUUCACUCUUGUAUCAAACCGAUGAUCUGCAGUACUACGCUGGAACGUCGUCAGAUCAGCGCCUUUUGUCCAGAAGACGCCGUGGCAUACGGAGGGAGAAGAAGUGCCGGGACACCGGCUGUCCUCCCGAGCAGGAGUGGUGUACAUACACCCCGAUCAUCGAGCAGUCCCAAAUGAUCGUCGCGUGCUUCUUGUCCUUCGUGGGCUACCCCAUCGCAUUUACGCUGUCCAGCUCACUGUACUCAAAACUGCUAGGUCCCAACCCGCAGGGUCUAUGGAUGGGUAUUCUCACCAGUAUAGGCAGCUUUUCACGGAUGACUGGGCCCAUUUUCGUUUCGUAUAUGUAUACCGAAUUGGGCACAAGAUGGACGUUUGGCCUCUUGGUUAUUGUCAUGAUAAUUACCAUUGUUUUGACUCUAGCGUUCUACAAGCGAUUAGUACCCAUGAAAGUGGUGGACAGUUAAAGAAUGCGCUUAAUUAUGAAACGCUCAAGUUGUUCUACUAAAGAGGUUUCUCUUUAACAUUUGUAUUGUAAAAUAGUCCUUAUGGGGCCUAUGAUGUGUAGGGGUAUAUUUGAGAUUAAUUAUAUAGCUUUUAAGAAUAACAAAAUGGGUUCCUAGAGGGUGCAAACGAACCAGGGAAAGGAAGAGAAGAAGACGAUGGAUUGACGAGCUAAGAAAAUUUGCGGGUAUAGACUGACAUAGAAAGACCAUUAACAGAAGGGAGUGGAAGGACAUGUCUGAGGCCUUUGUCUGAUGACGAUAUAGCUUUUGUCGAGCAAGAAUUCAUGAUGUAAUAUAAUGUUUAUGACGACAAUGUACACAAAGUAUUUUUUAAUAAUGCGAAAGACAUGCGGUACUUCAUUCCAAGGUGCUUCACAGUCAGUAAGACUUUUAAAGUGUCUUUCAAGUGUGAUAACAUUUUCAGAUAUAAGAGGAGUUGUAGACAUUAUUUUAUGCAUUAGAUCUAGUGUAAACAGUGAAUAUAUAGCUCUCAAAUAUAUAUUUUUUCAUAUCUCUUUUGCUGUUGUUGUGUGGUCGUAUAGAGUGACACAUAAGGUGAAAGUGGCAUUCCUGACAAUGUUGACAGAAAAGACUAUAGAAAUUUUAUUACUUAUUAAGUGUUUCCUAUAGAUUUAGGAUCAAUAAUCAAUUCACUAAUUUACUCAGUCAUUAUUUAACAGGAAAAUCUUUUCUUAAAUCACAAUGAUGUGAUAGAGGAAAUAAGUAUUGAUUAGGAUGCGUGACAGUGUAUGAUACGUCUCGUUUUUAUAGAUGAUCAGUCAAUUUUUUUUUUAUUUGCAAUAAUAUUGUCCAUAUCAGUAAUACCAGACCUGACUCGUAUAUAGGACCAUAGCUAUAAAAUCGUACGAAGUGAUAUUUUUCAGAUCAUUUAGAAAAUCUUUGUCUGAUAUAUUAAUUCUGGAGAAACAAAUGUCUUCUUCUAUUUCACCAAUACUUACUUAAGAAAUCAUGAUUUAGUAAAUUUGUGAAAAUAGACCUGAAAACCAUAAAUGAGUCUAUAUUCAAACGGUUUAUAUUAUGUAAGUUUAAACAGAAAUUCUUAACCGCAUUCACUAAUUUAAGCAGAAUUCUUGAUGUGAUAAUGGAGUUUUAAACUUAGGAGAUUCUACUGUUGAAAUAUUAGAAGAUUCUAGUGUUGAAAUAUCAGAAGAUUCCAGAGUUGAAAUAUUAGAAGAUUCUAGUACUGAAAUAUUAGAAAAUUCUAGUGUUGAAAUAUUAGAAGGUUCUACAGUUGAAAUAUUAGAACAUUCUAGUGUUGAAAUAUUGGAAGGUUCCACUGUUGAACUAUCAGAAGAUUGUAGUAUUGAAAUAUUAGAAAAUUCUAUUGUUGAAAUAUUAGAAGAUUCUAGUGAUUGAAAUAUUAGAAGAUUCUAGUGUUGAAAUAUUAGAAGAUUCUAGUGAUGAAAUAUUAGA